UUGAGAAUGAAUUUCACGAACUUGAAGAUAACUUAGAAAGAGGUAGGACUGAAACUUUUCCUACUGAACCUAUCCUUGGGUUAGAUUUGAAAGAGUUAGAUUAUACUCAAUAUCCUUUCUUAACCUCACCUAUAGAACUAUAUAUUAGGAUUAAAUUUUAUUUUUAG